AGGAGGCGUGGCAGAGGGGCUUAAAGCUGGUCUCAGUGUCAUAGUACAGAGUGUCUCAGACUAUAGUGGAGUUUGUGGAGCUUAAACGCCGGCGUUUCUGCUGGAAAUGCGCUCUCCGUGUGACCAAAGAGUGUGAAGGACAUUUUCGCUCUAUAACCGAUCAGACCAGCGCUGUUGUUUCGUCGCGGCGGCGGUAGAAUUAAUCAAUAACAACACACAGGUGGGUUGGUGCAGCUAUGAGCCUGACGACAAUACUAGUUAAAGUGACAGCUGGAGCAACCAAUCACGAGGCGUAUCGGCUUGACGGAUCCGCGUUCUAGCCAAUGAGGUCUGCAGAUGGGUCAGGGCCUGUGGAGGGUGGUGAGGAACCAGCAGCUGCAGCAGGAGUACAGCGAGCAGUGUUACCUCCAGCGCAGUGAGCGUCGUCGCAGGAUGGCGCCGCUGCUGAGCGAGACACCCACGCAGUCGCGGCGCACACUGCAGUGUCACGCCGACCUCGGGCAUUUGCUGCGCGCACGCAAGGCCAAAGAGGAGCAGGGCUUCAUCGACCUGGACAUGCUGCCCCCGGAGCUCAGCAUCACCAUCCUGUCCUACCUGAACGCCACCGACCUGUGCCUGGCCUCCUGCGUGUGGCAAGAACUGGGCAAUGACGAGUACCUGUGGCAGGGUUUGUGCAAGUCCACUUGGGGUCACUGUUCCAUCUACAACCGUCUCCUUCCCCCCGGUUUCUCCUACCGAAAACUCUACAUGCAGCUCGAUGAAGGAAGUUUGACGUUCAACGCUAACCCUCAGGAGGGUAUCACUUACCUCAUGUCCAAAAGCAUUCUUGUGGACCAUCCGAAGGAAAUCGCCAAGUUCAUAUUCUACACCAGAACGCUGAACUGGAAAAUGCUGCGUAUUUAUCUUGAUGAACGCCGAGACGUGCUGGACGAGCUGGUCACACUACACAACUUCAGUAACCAGUUCCUCCCCAACGCGCUGAGGGAUUUCUUCAGACACAUUCACGCGCCUGAGGAGCGUGGCGAGUACCUGGAGACGCUCAUCACCAAGUUCUCACACCGUUUCUGUGCCUGUAACCCCGCGCUGGUGAGGGAGGUCGGCCUCACGCCUGACGCUGUGUACGUGCUGUGCUACUCGCUCAUCCUGCUGUCCAUCGAUCUGACCAGCCCACACGUCAAGAACAAGAUGUCCAAGCGCGAGUUCAUCCGCAACACGCGCCGAGCCGCGCAGAACAUCAGCGAGGACUUUGUGGGUCACCUGUACGACAACAUUUAUCUGAUUGGCCAUGUGGCUGCCUAGCAGAUCUUGAACACACUCACACUCUCUCUCUCACACACACACACACACACACACACACACACACACACAUACACAGAGGCACUGGCCAAUGAAACACUCAGCUACGGCACUGAUGCGCGUUCUGCUAAUAGGAAGGGGGUCGAGGAUGGAGAGGCGUCCUAACACUGAGGUAUAGAGGCGUGUAGGGAAUGCUAGACAUACACACACGCGAAACAUGAGUUACCUUAAGCAACCCGUGGCAGGAAAGGGUAGCAACACACACACACGGCUUAAAACCGCAGAGCCUUGUACUGUAGCCACAUGAAGCUAAAUGCAGCCGUGUCAUCGUCAUUUUUAAUCUGAAUAUUUUAGACCAGACUGCGAGAUUAUUUUUCCACUCAGUGAAUGUCUGUUCUCUGCAUCCGUUUCCUGUGUGUGUGUGUGUGUGUGUGUGGUUUUUGUUUUUUUCCUUGAUCUGGUUCAAUCCGGAUUGAAACGAAGGGCCCUCGAUGCUUUUCUCAAACACCCCCCACCCCACCCCAACCUGGUGAUGAAACACUAAUCAUCGGCUUGACGUUGUUGCACCGCUAUACUCCGACACGGAUAUGAAGAUUCACGAUCACAUGAUCAGCCCCAACGUCGUCACCUGACGGGCUCCGGGUUCCGGAUUCCUUCUCCUCUGGGGGGGGGGGUUCUUUCUGCAUCCCAGCUGUAUUCCCCGGAUCCCACGGGAUGAAGCUCUUCCUGAAGAUCAUACAAAGGAACAGUUUUAUUUAUUUCCUCGAUCCGUCCGAGCUUGACCCCGUUGUGUGUGUACACGUUGCUUCCUAAAGAGGUGUGGACGCGAUGGGAAUGCCUCGCCCUGCCUCGCCCGGUCUCGCCUCGCCUCGCCCUCACACCCCACCCCCCUUCUUCCUGCUGCCUGUAUAAACUGUCUCUGCUGCUUCUGCUGCGUAACGCGAGCGAAUAUCUCACACUGUCACUGUUACUGUUCUGUUGAUGAAGAGCACUUUAACCCCAUGUUUCUCGUAAGAUUCGCGUAUAAUCUCUGAAUCCCUCCUCCUUUCUAACCCAGGGGUCGAUGCACAUCUGAAGGAGCUCCACACUAGUGCCAAUAGCAACGCCGAGGCGUGUAACACACUGACGUGACUUCACACGUAGUAGAAAAUUAUAUGAAUGAUGGGACUCGUUUUAUUUGCACAUCAUGUACAUAUAUAAGUAUAGAGGUUUAUAUAGAAAUCUAAUUUUAUUUUUAAAAUAUUUUAGCUAAUUUUUUUUUUUUUUGAGGGUUUUUCUUUCCCUUAUUUGAUAGGAUGACUUCUCUUUGCACUUCUGAAAAUGUUUGCCACGUGUGUCUCUCUCUCUCUCUCAUAUAUAUUUCUGUCUCUCACACACACAUCAUUGAUGUUGUCCAUCAUGCAAAUGAAUACUAAUGAUGCAAACAAAAAUCUGGGAUUUAUAUUUUAUGUUAAUUUUUUUUUCCAUUUCCUUCCCUGCAAAUCGUUCUGCCGGUGUUCGGAGAAAAUAUUGGACUAUUUGGGAAAAAAAUCUUGUCUUUAUUUAUCUAGAUUUUGCAUUAUUAUUAUUAUUAUUAUUAUUAUUAUUUUUAUUUUUUUUUUUCUUACAUGUUUAGUAGGCAUGUGCCACUAUAUUUUUAUUAGAUUUUACAACACGUAGCAUCUCGACAUGCUGGAAAAGGAUGUCUCGGGAUUGUCGUUUGAAAUGCUCAUCACUUCUCCUGCGUGUGAUUUAUCCAAGCUGAACGCAGAGGAGAGCCGAGAGUAAAUAACUGUCACAUGCACUAGAAGUGAAGAUGCCAGACAUCAUUCACACGCUUUUGUUUUUGUUUUGUUUGUUUUUCCCCAAAUAUUAUGAUCAUGGAAUUAUAAUAAAAAUAAUUCUUUUUUAAAUCUAAUACCGGCACAUGCCUAUUAAUUCCAAUGAAAAUAAAAUACUAUCCCAGAGGCCUUAAAGGGGACAGAAGAAUAAAAGAUGGUCAGAAAUAAAGUGAAUUAAAAACCCAUAACAAUGAAACUUUUUGUUUGAUUAAAUUUAUUUAAUAACAAAAAGAAAUUAGCAUAUAAUUAUGGAAAGAUUUCUGAAUGACAACACUGGAUUAAAUACUUAUAGAUUGUAUAAAAAAAAUUUAAUUGUAUUAAAAACUGUCCUGUGUUUGGUGUGGAUUUUUUUUUUAUCUGUCUGUCUGUCUGUCUAUCUGUCCAAUAGCUAU